UACUGUUGUUUUGUCGAGGAACUCAAAACUGUUAGCUGGUAAUAUAGAGUAUUGCUGGUGAUAAAGAGAAUUGCUUAAAACCUAUUCUACCAACCAGCAUGUGUUUGUAGAUUCGAUCAAAGAGUGUGAUUCGCACACUACGCAAAGACAUCAUUCAAACCAGCCACCUGCUACAUGAGUUUCCUUCUUGUUUUCGAUAACGUGAUUAGGCCAUCAUUAAAGGCAGACACAAAUUUCGACUGUUUCCAACAGAAAAUUUUUUAUUUGCACAUUUUCUAACAUUUUCCUUUAAGAUGCUGAAAUAUUUUGAUGCUGAAACAUAGCUUGAAAAAGAAGUUUGCGAAGAGCCUAAGCGCGAUGCUGGUGACAGUUUGUUGAAGCCAUGUGCCCUUAAUGGCGAAAUGCAACGAAAGUCAAAAGAUCAUUUAUGCCUGAUAUAGCAUGUUAAAAAUUAAGCUCCGAUCAAGGAAAUCAGAGUAAACGUGAAUUAAAAUCAUCCAAGAGGGAUUUGGAAAACAGAAAUGGUACAUAAUAACACACACAAAGAUUUCUUCAUUACGGUGUUUAAUAUUGUAUAAAGGUCACUCACACACAAUUCGUGAUCAAGAAGAAGGGAUUGAAGAUGCAAUCGAGUCCAGAGAAAAUCGAGGUUUUUGCAAAAGAUCCGGAUCAGUGGCAUUGCACGACGUCAUCAUCAUGCAAACGAAGCUGCCUCCUGUUUUUCAUUACAAUCCAAUUUGCAGUCAUAUGCGCCCUUUGUAUAACUCUUCGCUCUUUGCAGAACAAUGUUGAGCCUAGAAUCUUACGAAAUCAAAAUUUUUAUGACCGUACUUGGAACCAAUUGCCAAACAAGAUGGAAAGAUUGAAUGAUAAUCCUGUAUAUCAGCGGUUUAACAUAUCACGCAAGAUGGUCCGUUCAAGGAUCAAUCUUCUAAUUAUUGUGUCAUCUGCGCCACGUCGAAGUGACAGGAGGACGGCUAUACGAGAAACAUGGUGGAAUGACCACGAGACUAAUGACAAGAUAAAAGUCGUGAGAAAAUUCUUCACUGAUGCUCCAAAAAACUCAACUGAACAAGGCCGUGCACUAUUGCAAGAACAGAAGCUAAACGAAGACGUCAUAUUUCAAGACCUCAGUGGAGGAGUCGAGUUCGGCAAACGGUUUUUGUAUCACAUGGUUUGGGCCAUGCAGAACUACGAGUUUGAUUACUUCUUAAGGAUGGACGAUGAUUAUUUCUUUUGCCUCGAGCGAUUUCUACACGAGCUUCCGAUGCCAAUGCGCCCCAUGUACCACUGGGGAUACGUACACUGCCUUCCAAACAUUGUUCGACCCGAGGAAAGUGUAAUUUUAUUCUCACGUGACCUGGUGGAGAAAUUUCUUAGUCAAAAUCCAGGAGAAAUUAAGGGCCACCCUUGGGCAGAUCAAAUGAUAGCAACAUGGGUUCAAGAUCUGAAAUUGAACAAUCUAUAUAACCAUGACAAUAGACUGUAUCAUCAUCCACCAUUAGGAGACAAUCUAAGUUUUAUCAAAGAGAAGUUUAAAAAUGCCUGCAGAAAAUACAUUGGUGUACAUGGAAGCUAUCCAGAACAUAUGAAGUUGCUUUGGAAAUUGAGAGAAGGUAAAGAAUAUGCUGGUGUCGAAUUAGAUGAAUACACAACAAAAUGUGGCUUGCCGCAAAACUUUUUGUGGGAUGCAUUCACUGACAAAUGGAAGUAUAAGCCGAAAAAGCUAAUUUCAGAUCCAAAAUGGGACACAUACAAGCAAGAUCUUGAUAAACAUGUCUAUGUAGGAAGACAAGAAGGAGAGGGCUGACAGAAGUUAGGAGAAAAGAUCUCUUCGGAGUCAGUCCCUCAUUUUUUGAAAACUUUGUGAAUCAAUUGGUUGACUAGGAGGUAUACAGGGCUCACAAAACGAAGGUUGUUUGUCCUUCCUUCUAACAUGAAGCUAUUUCAUGGAUCGAAUAAGACAGCUCAUUUAAAGCAAGAAAAAGGAAUUUUGAAUAUGGACAAAGCUUCAAAAUGUUGAGAAAAUAAA